CUGUGAACAAAAGUAGAAGCCGUAUUCACCCCACAGCGCACAGGCAAUUGGAGUGUAGCCCAGGAUUUGGACAAGGAGGUUUGUGAGAAACUAGCUGGGUCGAUUCGUUUGAAUUGUUUUGUGUGCCUGCCUUUCUGUAUUUUGUUUAUUUUCAAACUCAAGAUCGUAUGCAUGUCAAACAUGUUUACGAGCUAAUUACCUUGUGGUACUUUGAUAAAUCUACAUAAAACGUUCGUAUAAGUAAAAUACUCAACAAUGCCUUUUGUGGCUAAACGAUGCGGUGUUCAAUUUUGCCCACCUUCAAUCGUUUUAAUUUAUGAAAGUAACAUUAAGGAUACAAACAAGAUGCGUAAAAGAAUCAUACCUGUGAGGAACUUCUCGAAAUGUUCAGACUGCUGCAUGGCUGCGGAGAGAAUGAAGCACCAUAUUCGGCACAGGGCAUACCUGGAGAGUGUUUCAUUGGGGCAACUGGAGAGGCUUCAUAUAGUGCUGCGGGAUCACAUGCAGGGCCACAGCCUGGAGCACACUCUAGCCUCCCUCCGCCUGGACCCUGAGGAGGACCUCAACAAGCUGGAUGAUGAGGAGCUUGCGCGCAAGAAGGCCCAAAUGGACAAACUCUUUGAGCGCAACCGAAGGCGGAAAGAUGACCCUGACUUUGUCUAUGACCUGGAGGUGGAAUUUAAAGGGGAGGUUGCUCGAGAACCAUGCAGCUGGGAUGAAGAGGAGUCUGAUGAUGGGUUUUAAAAGAACACAGAUCAGACUGGGAGUGUUUCAGUUUGUCAACAAAGCACCCUACCUGAUCUUUAGUGAUUGAACAAUACUCAUUCCUUUGCACAGGGCAGUUGUUUUUCUGGCCCUUUGCUCAAUUAAGCCAUCAACAACAACCAUAUCCAACUGGACAUGGAUAAUAAAAAAAAAAAAGUUAAACUAAUAUCCUUACAGAUGCUAUUGAAAUAUUGAAUAGUUGUACAUGUUUAUUGAUAUGAAACUUACAUUUACAAAAUACAAAUACUUUGUCUCCUUGA